GCAGCUCGCUUCACUCCGCUUGUGCUUUGGGAAAGAGAAGGGCGUGUUUCCGCUCACUGCUCCGCCAUGGCCCGUGGUCCCAAGAAACACCUGAAGCGUGUGGCGGCCCCGCGUCACUGGAUGCUGGACAAACUGACCGGCGUGUUCGCGCCCCGUCCAUCUGCCGGUCCGCACCGUCUGCGGGAGUGCCUGCCGCUUGCCAUCUUCUUGAGGAACAGGCUCAAGUACGCCCUGACGGGCGACGAGGUGAAGAAGAUCUGCAUGCAGCGGCUCAUUAAGGUCGACGGCAAGGUCAGAACCGACGUGGCCUACCCAGCGGGCUUCAUGGAUGUCAUCAGCAUCGACAAGAGCGGCGAGAACUUCCGCCUCGUCUACGACACCAAGGGCCGCUUCGCGGUACACCGCAUCACGCCCGAGGAGGCCAAGUACAAGCUGUGCAAGGUGCGGAAGGUCUUCGUGGGUACCAAGGGCAUCCCGCACCUCGUGACGCACGACGCGCGCACCAUCCGCUACCCUGAUCCGCUCAUCAAGGUCAACGACACCGUGCAGAUCUCGCUAGACAGCGGCAAGAUCACCGACGCCAUCAAGUUCGAUACCGGCAACCUGUGCAUGGUAACCGGAGGCGCCAACCUGGGUCGCAUCGGCAUCAUCACCAACCGCGAGCGCCACCCCGGCUCCUUUGACGUGGUCCACGUGAAGGAUGCCAACGGCAACGGCUUCGCGACCCGCCUCUCCAACAUCUUCGUGAUCGGGAAGGGCAACAAGCCGUGGAUCUCCCUUCCCCGAGGAAAAGGAAUCCGCCUCACCAUCGCCGAAGAGAGAGACAAGAGGCUGGCGGCCAAGCAGAGCGGGUGAAGUGGACUCUGAGGGACGUUUUGGGGGGAAGGGGCGUUUAAAUUUGUUUAUACCUCAAGUUUUUUUUAGCAGCACGUUGAAUUAAAAAAGGAAGCAAGCUUCUUUCUGGUCA